AUCAAGAAUUGACUCACUCAGUUUGUCUUUCUCCCCGCAUCAACAGUGCAUUGUAACAUAUGGAUUCUGUGAAAAGCCAUUACAAUUCAUCACUAUUAAGAACUGUGUCUGGUUGUGUAUUCUCAUGGAUCAUACCUCGCUCUCUUCUUGUUCGUUGACCAACAUAAACGACUUAACUGAUGAUGUGUUGAGAGAAAUAUUGAUUCUAAUGCCAUUUAGAUCCAUUGCCAAAUCCAAGUGUGUGUGCAAACGUUGGUUCAGAAUGAUCUCAAAUCCUUCUUUCCCAGCAGAAUUUGUGUCACGCCAGCACUCUCUCUUCAACACCCACUUCACCUUUAUUUCAUCCCACCAACUCAUGCUCGGUUUCUUCCCCAAAGAUUUCAUCUUUAACUUCAAAACCCACAGGGCUCCAUUAUCGCCAGAAACCCUCAUGAAGGGAAGCUUGUGUGGCUACUCAAAUGGCUUGUUUCUGUGCUGCAGUAACAGAUACACAACUGGUCGUGGAUUUUUUGUGUACGAUCCACUCACCAAGCAAUGCAACCAUAUACCUUCUUUUCUUGAUGAAAACGAGGAAAAACAGUUAUACGCUGUUGGGUUUCUUUCUCGUACGGGUUACCCCAAAAAAGGAGGAAAAGGUAGUUCUUCCAGUCGCAGCUUCAGGGUGGUGAUUGUGAAAACCUUUUUAAGAAAAAAGCGUGUUUUUGAAAUGGAGAUUUUUUCCUCCGAGACAGGAAAAUGGAGACACACAAAUGCGUUUUGCGCGGAGGGUUUUGCUUUUGCUCCUCAUUGGAUGCUCAGUUUGGCGUAUGGAGGGUACCUGUAUUUCAUGGGGAGUACAAAUAUUUUUGUGUUUGAUCCUAUUUUUCCGUUUUCUCGUACUAUUGAUUACCCUGAAGAUGCUGAUGCCAUGAAUAUAGUGAGCUUUGGAUACCUUGGAUGCGGUGGAGGGAAUCUUAGGAUCGGUGAUAUUAGCAAUAAUGAUUUGAGAGUGUGGGAUCUAAUGUACUACCCUCUGGUAUGGCGUCUGGUGCACAGGACCAAUCUGAUUGAACAUCUUCCCACCAGAUUUUGCAGUAAUUGUUAUAAGCAUGUAGCAGGUUUUCAUCCCUAUGAUGGAGACAUUGUGUAUUUGUACUCCUAUGUUGAUGGGGUUUUUGUUGCCAACCUACGUACAAACAAAUUUGUUCCAAUCCCUGGUUAUGAAAAAUCAGAUAUUAGCCCCUUUCAAUUUGAGCUCAAUCCUAUUCCAUAUGAAAAAAAUCAUUCAAGUACUAGUGAUUAGUGAUUGAAAGCUCCCACCUCAAAGUUGGUUUAGUUAUUUCAACCAGUUUUGGUGUUUUGAACACAUUAUUCUACUUUCUUGUUGAUUGUUGAUAGGAAACUCAUGUUACUGUUCUGUUCUGCUCCUGCAAGGA